GAUCAUGUUGGUGUGAGGUAGUGGCGACCGAUGUGACCACAGCUUUGUGGUAGGUCACUUAAAGUUCGAAACCCCAAAGCCUUGGGUUCGAAUAUUGGUCAUUCACUACCCUCCUCUGUUUCCUCCAAUUAUUAUUUGAUUGAACAUUAGAGGCAUUCUCAAAUGCCUUCUCUUUUUAAACCAAAAAAAAAACUGUUGGUGUGGUGGAUGGGAAUUAUAAAAAGUAUUUUCGUUCGUAUCAGAGUUUUAGGUUUGGUUUGAAUAAUAGGUUUCGAGAUCCUUCUUAGCAAACAACUUAUUUCGUGUCUCGUCUUGACAUUACUUUUUAGGUUUGAUUUUUUUUUUCUUUUCAAUAUGGUUUAUUUUCUUGUCAGUCAAUAAUUGGUUCAAAACUAGAGCAAGUAAAAACGCAUAAAGAGGAGGUUGGUGACUUGUACUCAACUGCACAGAAUUCUCCUCUGUAUUUUUGACCCUCUCUAUACUAGACUACUCUACUUACUUGCACAACAAGUCUUCAAAUUCUCGAUAGACACCUACAUAGAUGUAUGAAACUAUAUAAAAUGAUUUAUACUAGUAUGUUCUUGCUCUAAAAAUGGCGUUGUCACUCAUCAGAAACAUCCGGAUAUCGGUUACCCUUGUCGUUUUUUUCUUCCUCUUGACUACAUUUCCAGGGAUCACUUACGGUGACGAAGACGAUUCGGAAGGAGGUGGAGGUGGAGGUGGAGGUGGAGGUGGCGGGCCAGGGUUUGGCGGUGGUGGCACAGGUGUGGGAGGCGGAGGGAUAGGCGGUGGCGGGACAGGAUUUGGCGGCGGUGGAACUGGUGUGGGAGGUGGAGGGAUAGGUAGUGGUGGCACAGGUGUGGGAGGUAGUGGCACUAGAUUUGGCGGUGGAGGGACGGGUUUUGGUGGAGGAGGAUUGGGAGGCAGUAGCGGCGGAGGGACAGGUUUUGGAGGAGGAGGACUAGGCGGUGGCGGAGGGACAGGUUUUGGAGGAGGAGGAUUAGGUGGCGGUGGAGUAGGAGGGAACAAUCCACCGGAGAUAGUUGCGAGAGCUUUGGAGUGCUUAAAUGAGAAACACAUUUACAGAGAGUGCGAGGAUGCAUGGAGGCUAACGUUAAACGGAGACCUUGACAUUCCGGUGGCAAGGACGGAGGAGUUCUGCGAGGGACCAUGCUUCUCCGAAACACAUUUGGCUUUGAAUUGCAUUGAUGAGAUUGUUCACCACUUCAGAUUCUUCAACAGAGCUACCGUUUACAACAUCCGUGAAACCCUCAAGUCCGGCUGCAGCUACGGACCUGAACGAGGCAUUUUCAACGUACUUGAGCACAUCCAAGAUGAAGAAGAAAACGGAAGUGGGAGAAUGAAGUCAAGGUCUGAACCGUUGCUUGGGACCGUGUUGUUCACCAUUGCCUUGCUUCUUUAAGAGCCGUCUUAGUGUUUAGCUAUUAUCUUAUAUAUGUUGCUUAUUUGACUAUCUAAUCGAAGAGUACUUUUU